AUGGAAAAGUUGUCAGGUUUAAGUCAUCUCUUCAUGACAAUAUUUCUGCAUAAUUUCUCAGCAUUCAUGGUGAUCCCUGCCAUUACUGAUGUCACAAUGUCUGCCUUAUGCCCUGGAAGAGAUGAGUGUUCAUUGGCCAUUUACCUUACCGGAUUCCAACAAGCGUGGUGGUUUGGCUGUCAUGUGCUAGUGUUUACAGCAGUGAAUUUGACACCCAUUACCUCCCAACGCCCAUUUACCAGAGAAGCUUUUGCUUUAGUUAGUUCUUUGUUUAUGUUUCGAGAACCUUUGAAGGCAAGGAAGAGAGAGAUGGGAAAACUGUCGGCAUUGAAUCAUCUUUUCUUGACUCACUUUCUUUACUCCUACUCAACAUCCAUGGUGAUCCCAGCCAUGACUGAUGUUUUCAUGUCUGCGCUUUGUCCUGGAAAAGUUGAAUGCUCCCUGGCCAUUUAUCUAAGUGGAAUUCAAAAUACGAUCAUAGGGCUUGGGACUUUGGUAAUGAUGCCUUUAAUAGGGAAUAUGUCAGACAAGUAUGGCCGGAAAGCUAUGCUUACUGUUCCACUCAGCCUUAUAAUAGUUCCCUCAGCCAUACUGGCGUACAGCAGAACGAGGAACUUCUUUUAUGCGUACUAUGUCGUCAGGACUCUCAUGGCAAUGGUCUGUGAAGGAAGUGUACAAUGCCUUGCCCUUGCCUAUGUCGCUGACAAUGUUCCCGAGGGUCGGCGAGCGUCAGCGUUUGGGAUUCUUUCAGGCAUUGCAUCCUCCGCUUUCGUAUGCGGAAACUUCUCCACUCGUUUCCUCUCCACUGCCUCCACCUUCCAGGUUUCUGCCUCAGUAGCAGUGGCAGCUCUAGUGUACAUGAGACUUUUUCUUCAGGAUUCCAUCAUUGAUGAACAGCUUACUGCUCCAAUAUUGACAUGUAACUGGAAAGGAAAAGGAAAAGGAAAAGCUAAUGCUGCAAAUGAAAUUCAAAGUAAAAACGUGCAGAUUUUUAAAUCAGCGCCUUCCUUGGAGGAUAUGCUUUGUUUGCUUAAGAGCAGUGUGACACUUUCGCAAGCUGCCGUUGUCGCGUUUUUCUACUGUCUUGCAGAAGUUGGUCUUCAUGCUUCAUUAAUGUACUAUUUGAAGGCGCAAUUUCACUUUAACAAGGAUCAAUUUGCUGACUUGAUGGUAAUUUCUGGAAUUGCAGGGACUAUUUCACAGUUGGUUCUUAUGCCCGUAUUGGCUCCUGCUCUAGGAGAAGCAAGGCUGCUUGCAGUAGGGCUCUUUUUUACCUGUGUACAUGUGUUUCUUUACAGCAUUGCAUGGACCUCCUGGGCACCUUAUGUUGCUGCCAUGUUUUCCGUUCUGAUUGUCUUUUCACAACCAUGUAUGCGGAGCAUUGUGUCUAAGCAAGUUGGAUCCUGUGAGCAGGGGAAGGCUCAAGGGUGCAUUUCUGGAAUAAGUUCCUUCGCUAAUGUCAUUUCUCCCUUGGUGUUCUCUCCCUUAACAGGUGAUAGCCUUCAUCCAGAGUCUCAUGAUAAGGAUCGCUCCUCCCAUUGCAAAUGA